AAAGUGAGAGAGGAAACAAAAACACUGGCGUGCUAUCCGUGCCGUGGAUGCCAGACCUGUAGAGCUGUUGAAGACAAGUUGGUGCAAAGAUCAAAACUGUGUGGACGGUUUAUUCAAGACUCCGUUCUGUGUGUGACAUUUUCGGUAUGCAGACAAAUUGUGCUCCAAGCCAGCUCGCUGACAGAACGUUUGUCAAGUCGACUGCGUUGGCUAGCUAGCUAGUGAGCUAACCAUGUUAGCUAGCUGACAACACCGUUAGUGAGAGAAUACGCGUUCAGAGAGUGACAGUUAGGUAAUUGUGAAAUAAACAGUUGUUGCUCGUUUCUGAGAAGUAAAAUUUGUUGCAGCAGCAUAACAUCCCUGGGUGGGAAAUUUGGUUUCACGCACUAGUUAACGCUUAGCCAAGUGGCUAGCAAGCUAACAUUGCGGAUUUCUUGUUUGCAGCUUCAGAGAUAGCAUUAGCAAACGUCUGUUAGCUUGCUCAGCUGUUUUGGGUGACUUGGGGUUGUUCUGACACAGGAAAGGUACACCAGCGUGUGUGGGAAGGACAAAUUCCUCUCUACAUAAAAGUACCCGAGACGGUUUUCAGUAGGCCUGUGUAAACAGGUGCCCUAGAGGAUUGCUAACAUUAACGGUGCAACAGCCGGGACUGUAAACAUAAGUCAAGCCGAAGAGCUUUCAGCCCUGCGUUGUUGGACGAGGCGCACAUCUAGGCAGCAUCACCAUGGCCCAUUCUCCCGUCCAGGGUAACCUGCCAGGGAUGCAGAAUGCCAAAGUGGACCCGGAGGAGCUGUUCACCAAGCUGGAGCGCAUUGGCAAGGGUUCGUUUGGCGAAGUGUUCAAAGGAAUAGACAAUCGCACCCAGAAGGUAGUGGCCAUCAAGAUCAUAGACCUGGAGGAAGCAGAAGAUGAGAUUGAAGACAUCCAGCAGGAAAUCACAGUGCUGAGCCAGUGUGACAGCCCCUUUGUCACCAAGUACUACGGCUCAUACCUGAAGGACACAAAGCUAUGGAUCAUUAUGGAGUAUUUAGGUGGAGGCUCAGCAUUAGACUUGAUGGAGCCUGGAUCUCUGGACGAGACCCAGAUUGCCACAAUCCUGAGAGAGAUCCUCAAGGGCCUGGAGUAUCUGCACUCUGAGAAGAAAAUCCACAGGGAUAUCAAAGCUGCCAAUGUGCUGCUGUCCGAGCAAGGAGAGGUGAAGCUCGCAGACUUCGGGGUGGCCGGCCAGCUCACCGACACCCAGAUCAAACGCAACACCUUUGUUGGCACGCCCUUCUGGAUGGCCCCUGAGGUCAUCAAACAGUCGGCUUAUGACUCCAAGGCUGAUAUCUGGUCUCUAGGCAUCACAGCCAUUGAGUUGGCAAAAGGUGAGCCACCUCACUCAGAGCUCCAUCCUAUGAAGGUUUUAUUCCUCAUCCCAAAGAACAACCCGCCUACGCUGGAGGGAAACUACAGCAAACCACUUAAGGAGUUUGUUGAGGCCUGUCUCAACAAAGAGCCCAGUUUUAGGCCAACUGCCAAAGAGCUGUUGAAGCAUAAGCUGAUCGUUCGCCAUGCGAAAAAGACCUCCUAUCUGACUGAGCUGGUGGACAAGUACAAGAGGUGGAAGGCAGAGCAGUCUAGAACCACAGAGUCCAGUUCUGAUGAGUCUGACUCAGAGCAGGAUGGCCAGGCGUCGGGAGGGAACGACUUUGGCAGUGAUGACUGGAUAUUCACCAUUCGAGAGAAGGAUCCCAAGAAGCUGCAGAACGGAGAGGGACAGUCAGGGGCCACAGAUCAGACAAAAGACAUUCCAAAGAGGCCUUAUUCACAGAGCCUGGCCACAGUCAUCUCUCCUGCAUUAGCUGAGCUGAAGGCAAGACAGGAGCAGGUAAAUGGGAACCCCAUGGUCCUGGAUGAGCUGAGAGAGGCCAUCCUGCUGGCUGAGGAGGCUUACCCCGGCAUCUCCGAUUCCUUGGUGGCCCACAUGGUCCACAGGCUCCAGAGUUUCUCCACAAGCAGGACAUCCUCCUCCUCCCCAUAGUGAUUGGCUCUCUGCCCCAACCCUGCUCUCCCAGGCCCCCACCCCCCCCAAAUACCACAGCCAGGUCAGAGGGUUAAAAGUCAGGGGUCAACUCAUUCAAUACCAGCUGACCAUGUUUGACCUUCCAUGUGGGGGGGGGCGCUAAUCUAGCCUGUAAAAAUUACUGAACUCCAAAGCGGAGGACAACAGAGAAACUCUGGAGAGCUUCUUUUAGCCACUUAUGAGAGGGGAAGUUUGGGGGCCAGCAGAACCCAUGGAUUCGGCUGUGAUGGAACAAGACUCAAAGUCAGAGCAACCCGCCAGAACAAAACAUCAACAGCCAAGUCGGACUCUGGGCUCUGUAGAUGCAAGACUUCUCCAGCCUCACAGCUUGGAGUCUCUAAAUGGAAUUUGCUCGAUGAGGAGCUGAAAAUCUCCCCCCAAAUCCAAGACAAGACUUCAGUCCCCCUCUUAAUGCAGGCGUCAUAUCCCCAGAACCUCUGAAAGCAUGCUUGAUGAACCUGCAGGGAUAUUAUCUUAGUGUGCGAGCUGCGUGUGUGUGUGUGUGUGUGUGUGUGUGUGUGUGUGUGUGUGCGCGCGCGCUUGAAUGCACAACAUGUGUGUGGGCACCUUUGAGCGUGUUUGUGUGUGUGCGUGCGUGUGCGUAUGUGUGUGCGCAUGUGUGCUCUUGCGUAUGUAAGACUCCCUGUUUAGGCAAAUUGCAGCAUUCUUAAUGAAACCUCAGGUAAAGUGCUUUAAGUGGACUUUGUCCUCCAAGGCAGUGGGGGGAGGAGGGGGAGGAGGAGGAGGAGGAGGAGGAGGAGGAGGGGGGAGGGGGGGUCGCCAUGCUGUACAUGAUUACAAGUUGUCAUUGCGGGAAAUGAAUCACUGUGUACAAAAUGGUCAUGCGCAUUUUGUAGAUAUUGAUAAUGUUUAAAAGUAGAUAUUUAAAGAUUUCAAAAGUUACUCCAACAGAAAGAACAGAAAAUGCCUUGCCUUUUUGAGAUACACACAUCUAUGUUCUGGCAUUUCAUCACAGAUUUAGUUUGUUUUAUUUACUCGUCAGUGAGUGAAAUUCAGUUCAGUAUUCAUCAGUGUUUUCUUUAAGUGACUGAGUUCCAAUCUUCCAUCUCAAUCACCUGCUGAAUCAUCGAACUAACUAUGAUACUCAGCUUACUUUGUUUAGAGGCAGAGCUUUUCCUUUGUUUUUGUAGUCAGGGGGAAAACUCCCACCUGUACCUAUGUUUAGACAAUUUAAGUCAGUUUUUAAAUUGUUUAGGACAAGAAUGAAGGUAGAUGUGUCAGCAGUGGCUCUUUAAUAACAAUAUUGAGCAGAGCCGAGGACAAUUACAAGGAGGAACCACUAUGGGCGGUUUGAAUGCUGAUAUCAUGUGAAGUAUUAUUUUUCCUUGGCUUGUAAUUUAUCCUCAGCAUUACUUACAAAACUAAAGUGGGGGUGAGGAAUAACUGGCAAGGACCAUUGUAGGCAAUCACAUCAUGACACUUGCUCAUGGCCAAACUAAACCAUAUAUCAGGACAAGCCAAGCUGCAGACAUCAAUGCCAUCCUUAUUUCCUCACUCCAGACAUGUGUUCUAACUUCCACACCAUGCUAUAGAAGUGCCAUGUCCUCUUUUACGCUUUCACCAGAUGUUUGUAGUAUGAUUUGCACCUUUGUUUUCUAAUUUUCAGAUCAGUUUUUUGCACUUUGAAAGUGUGUCGAGUAUUUAAAGAAACCUGUAAGAGGAAAGAAAACACAAAACGAAAAAAGUUGCUAAUAGCCAUGUUUUACUAUAUAUGUUUACUUAAGAGUUCCAGAAUUUACUACUGUGCUAAUGCAGCAAUAAUGUUGAGGAGUUGCAUCAAGACGCACUUGUCAACACAGGGAUUGAAAGAAAUUAAGAAAUAUCUGAUAUUUUUAUAACUGCAAAGAGUUAAGUAUGGAAAUAUGGAAUGCUUUAUGGAUAUGGGCACCUGCCUCCUGGCAAAAAAUAUCUAUACCUUACAGAAAAACAUAUGCUACGGAAAUAACUACAAAAUGUGUACAUUUGGUCUCCUUUAUCAUAGCUGACAGUUUAUAGUACUGUAUAUAAUCUUUGCUUGUGUCAUUUGAGAAUUCCCAAGUUAAAUGUAAGCUCCUUGUAAGCUUUCAAAGUGACAUGAGAAAUAAAGAUCUAAUGGUAACUGAGAA